AUGUCAGAGAACUUUGAUAAAUUCCGUUUCCUGCCUCAUCAGCGAAUCAAUCACUUCCGCAAUCACUACGAGUUGACCCGGAAGGACUUGCUCAUUAGGAACCUCAGACGUCAUCGGCGGCAGCUGGAACGCGAUGGCAAAUUAAAAGAGGCUCAGAGCUUCAACGUAUGUCCAACGACCUUUCUGCUUCCACUGGAGUACUCUAUGUUUGUAGAAGAGUUCCGCAAGACCCCGAAUGCCAUGUGGAUUAUGAAACCUAUUGGACGGUCGCAAGGCAAAGGCAUAUUUCUGUUCGAGCGUCUCUCUCAGAUUAGUGAGUGGAAGAGCGACUUGAAAUGGAGAAAGACUGAAGCAGCGAGCUCGAGGAUGGACAAGGCAGUCGAGGAACCGCAUCAAGCUGAAGCGUAUGUCUGCCAGCGUUAUAUUGAAGAUCCUCUUCUUAUUGGCGGGAAGAAGUUCGAUCUUCGGCUGUACGCAUGCGUCACGUCGUAUUUACCUCUCACUGUGUACGUUCAUCGCGGAGGUUUCGCCCGCUUCUCACACAUGCACUUCAGCAUGGAAGACGAGCACAGGGGAAAUUUAUGCAUGCACUUAACGAACGUAGCCAUACAAAAGCUUUCUGACAAUUACGACGAAGAGCUCGGGGGCAAGUGGCUCCUGCGCAAUGUCAAGCAGUUCCUCAUCACCAAGUUCGGGGAGGAGCGGGUCAACGAGCUUAUGUUGCAAAUUCAGCAGCUUAUGUUGAAGCCUUUGAUUGCAGUCUCAAAGGUCAUGAUGAAUGACAAACACUGCUUCGAGCUGUAUGGAUACGACAUUAUCAUCGACUCGCAGCUUAAGCCCUGGCUUCUGGAAGUCAACGCUUCUCCGUCUCUCACAGCGAGCACGCAACUUGACUACGAAUUCAAAACCGGAAUGCUCGACGACGUUUUGACGAUAGUGGACAUGGAAAAGUUUUUGGCAGGCGACGAGAAACUCAUCGGCGGAUUCGUUCUUCUCUACAAGGGAGGCCCUGUCAACGAAAUGCCCCCAGAGUGCGCAACGCUCAGUUACCUAGGCACUGACACCUCGAGGACGUCCUGUCUCAAGCGUCUCGGGAAGAAACUCGCCGCACAACGCGACGGUGCCGUUGCUGAGCGAGCCAACUGA